CAAACUGAACAAAGGCCACCCCUUUUUCAACACCUCUCUUUUUCUCUCUCCUUCUCUCUCCACCUCUCUUUUUCUCUCUCCCUCUCCCCCUCUCUUUCUCUCUGUCUUUCUAGUGUUUGCUCUCUCUCUCUCUCUGAAUGUGAAUCUUCCUCUCUCUAAAUCUAACUUACUCUCCAUUUUUUUAAAAUUCAUUCUCUUAUUAUUUCUCAGUCCUCUUUGUCUGAGUGUUAUCUCUUGUUGCCUAUCUCCACACCACUGCCACUACAAUCACCACCUCCACCAUUAUUGCCACUACCACAGCAACAACAGGUCACCAGGAGAAUUAUCUAAAGUAAAUGGAAGAAGAAAGAAUGGGAAAAAAAGUCUAAAGAAGAACAAACAGAAACAUCAAAAAGAAAAAGAAAAGAUGCAAAACAAUUACAACAUUAAUGGAUAACAAUAAUAACAACACUAAUUAAUACGUUAAUGACACUAGCAAUAACAUUAAAAUAUAACGAUAGAAACUACACUAAUAGUACAUUAACAAAAUAGACAAAAAUUUAAAAAGUAAAACUAAAUUGUAUGCUUUAAAGAAUUUUAAUUUUGAUAUUUUUUUUUAUUUACCAUUUUUCUAGUUCUUUGUUAAACUUAUUUAGUACAUCAGUUUGUGUAGAAAUAGGGAUAAUAGAAUGAAGAAAUCUAUCAAGAUCAUACCACUUGAAAGUGAAGAGUCUCCUUCUGAGGAAAAAGAAAAUCGGUCUAACAAAAUAAUAUUGCUGUCGGUGAUAUGUAUUUUGAUAAUGGAAUUAUGUGAAAGACUCACCUAUUACAGUAUUACCGCAAACUUGGUCUUGUUUGCUAAAAACAGGCUAAAGUAUGAUAAUUCUAUAUCCAGUUACAUUGUCCAAAUUUUUUCUGGUAUGAGUUAUGUGAUGCCAAUCAUUGGCGGUUAUAUUUCUGAUAGCAUUUCUGGAAAAUUUAAUACCAUUUAUGGAUCAGGCCUCAUCUACUUGUGUGGUACAUUUCUGUUGCCAGCUUCAGCAGUUGAUUAUCAGAAAUGGUUUGGUUUGACAUCAGAUGGAUUAAUAUUGGAUCUCGACUUGACAUCUCGAAGAGUUUACUUCAUACUUGCUUUGACACUUAUUGCGAUUGGUACAGGGGGUAUUAAAGCUAAUGUAGCACCAUUUGGAGCACAACAAAUUGAUUCCCUUGGACCAAAGAUGGUACAGAGAUUUUUCAACUGGUUCUACUGGUUCAUCAAUGUUGGUGCACUUAUUGCAUACUCAUGUGUGGCCUUAGUGCAGCAGAAUAUUUCUUUUGAAAUUGGUUAUUUAAUUCCAUUUAUCAGUAUGUUGUUUGCAAUGGUUGCACUGGCCUCUGGACGUAGCAUUUAUAAGCACUCUUACCCAACAGGUAGCGCCCUCUCACAGAGUGCUAAAAUAAUCCGGGAAGGAAUCAAAAGACAUAAAUUGGUGAAGGACCAAGCAAAAGCUAUGGGCAAGAAAAUCAGUAGCCUUGAUGGAGCCAAGAUGGACAAUGGGGGAUCAUUUGAUGCUGAAACUGUUGAAGGAGUCUUGAGUUCUUUGAAAGUUUUACCUGUGUUUAUUGCUAUCAUCUUUUAUUGGGCGAUUUAUUCCCAAAUGUCUUCCACAUAUUUCCUACAAGGAACUGUUAUGGACAUUUCCAUCAAUGGUGCUCCGAUGCCAGUUGCAGUAUUAAAUGUCUUCAAUGUGGUCAUCAUUCUAAUUCUGAUUCCUAUCCUAGACUUUGUCUACAAAUAUCUCCAGAAGAUUGGCAAAAAUCCAACACCGCUGCAACGUAUUGGGUUUGGAUUAGUACUAUCUGCACUAUCAGUGGCUGUAGCUGGAAUUGUGGAAAUAUACCGAGUAAAAGAAUUGAGGCAACAUGGAGGUGUAGUACAGAUCUUGGCCAAUAAACCUUACAAUGCUUCUCGUGUUUCUAUAUUUGCCCAGAUUCCACAGUUUGCACUCAUUGGUUCUAGUGAAGUAUUUACCAGUGUCACAGGUUUGGAAUUUGCAUAUUCCCAAGCACCUGAAACUUUGAAAGGUUUGGUCAUGGGAAUUUUCCUGCUCACAACUGGUUUGGGAAAUUUUCUGUCGACAGCUGUCAUUGCCAUUGUUGAUGCACUGACAAAGAACGAUCCCUGGCUGAGCAAUGAUGACAUUAAUUCAGGCCAUCUUGAAUAUCUCUUCUUCUUACUUUGUGGUUUAAUGACAGUAGCAUUUUUCAUCUUCCUGUUCAUAAGCAAGAUCAUGAAAUUUAACAGCGAGGAGAAGCUAAAACAGAAGUUGGCAAGACAAAAUAUGGAAUUAACAGCUGAUGAAAAUAAAAUAACUGAAAUUUGAUAAUUUUAACACAUUUUUAUAAACUAUUACACAUACAUAUAUGCAGAGACAUAUAUACACAUGCACACAUAUACUCACAAUAUCAUAUACUUACAUUAACAUUUGCUAAAUGUAUGUUCUUUGUUGAUUUUGUUGGUUUAAACCCAACAUGCAUACAUACACACACACAUACUAUAUUCAAUGCCCGAGCACUGUAUACAAUAAGCUCAUUAUCAUUUUACUAUUUUAUGUGUGUGUGUGAGUGUGCAUGCGUGUGUGAGGUGUGCAAAUGAAACAAAAAAAAAUAAAGAAAAUGGUGUGAAAACUUUUUCAAAGAUAAAAGAAAUUAUUUACAUUUUUAUCAAAAUGUGAUACGUUUCAAUUGUUAAAAAAGAAAAUUUAAUAAAAGUUAUAUUUCGUUUUUGGAUUUGGUUUGCAA